AUGGGCUCCUUGAACAAGGACGAGUUACCCCGCUUCACGUCGACUUUCCGAAGCACACUCCAGCGCUCCAAACAUGCCCCUAUCCAGCUCACGUUCGACGAAAACUGGGAUGGACGUGUUCGGGACGAGAAUUGGACAGCUUUCUGGACUACCGUCGCCGAAUUUAUGGACCAGUAUUCCACUUUAACUUUCGAGGACACCGAAACCAUUGAAUGGCCAGAGGGCACCAGCGUCCAAGCACCUUCCGCAACUCCGCAACUGCACACACUCAAGCUAAUCAAUUCACCAGGUCGCUUUUUCACCGCUAUUCCCCUCGCCUCCCUUACCCAUCUCACCUUCUUCUACCCCGCGGAAUAUCUCGAGGGGCUGACAACCGCAGACGUGCUGAACGUUCUCCGCUCAGCUCCCCUCCUUCAAGUCCUCCGGUUGAACCUCGACGAGGAAGGCGUUGAAGCCGCCGCGCAACAGCCAGCACCAUUCUCCCUGCCUCAUCUCCACACCUUCGAGGUCCAAGACACCUACAACGCCUUCUACGAACAGUACCUUUUCCGCCUACUUUCCGCCCCUUCGUUGGAGUGCCUCGACAUCGCGGUCGCUUGGGUGGAAGUUGCACCAAGCUCCAACCAGCUCUCCCUCUACGACUUCAUCGCACGAGCCCCCAACCUCAAAGAGUUCCGCAUCUGCUUCAGAAAACCGUCGUACCUGGGGCAUGAUCUCGACACAGAAGAACCAUACUACUUCCGGAGCGUCAAAACGUCCAAAUGGCGAGACUGGAACGGUCAGAUUUUUGCCAGCGCCAAUCAAGCAACCGACUUGUUUGACUCGCGGGAGAUGUGCGAGGUGGCGAUGAGGAAAUUACAGGAGUUGGAGGAGCCCGAUGAGAAGUAUGGGCAGGAUUAUGAGAAGAGGAGGAUUUUUAAAGAGGGUUAA